UCAUUAAAAAACGAUUCAUGUAUGAGGACACAAGGAUGUACAUACAUGACACACCUGUUUGGUGGCUGACCUGGGAUUGGAUCUGUGAUUCUGGAGAUGGGUUCUAGAGAAGUCUUGAAGUUCUUUGCUGCUGCUUCUCCAUUCUGCUGUUCUGCCUGCUUUCCUAGAGAGCAUCCCUGUAGGGCUCCCUUCAUUCUCCAGCAUCAAUGCCUGCUGUUGUCCAGAAUCUCCUUUCCCAAACUGGUACUUUCCCCUCUCAUUCUCCCAUCUGCAUCUAGGGGUUAAUGCUAGAUGUUUGGGGGCCCCAGACUCUCAUUUUCAGAGACCGUUUCUUUUUUUUUUUUUAACUAGAAUAUAUAAGAAGUGGCAAUAACGUUGGUUUUCUGAAUUUACGUGAAGUUUUACGUCCAUGUAACUGAUCAUACUUCAAAUAACACCUUAUACAAACAAACCUAAAUGGCAACAUGCAUUGUCUUAGUGGCUGCCUUUUUAAGAAUGAUAAGGAGGAAAAAAAAAAAAAAGGAAAUGAUUGAUUUUUUUUCCCCCUUGUUUUCUUUCUUUUCAGGUUUUAAAUGAAGAAUGUGAUCAGAACUGGUACAAGGCAGAGCUCAAUGGGAAAGAUGGCUUCAUUCCCAAGAAUUACAUAGAAAUGAAACCACAUCCGUGGUUUUUUGGCAAAAUCCCCAGAGCCAAAGCAGAAGAAAUGCUUAGCAAACAGCGGCAUGAUGGGGCCUUUCUUAUCCGAGAGAGUGAGAGUGCCCCUGGGGACUUCUCCCUCUCCGUCAAGUUUGGGAAUGACGUGCAGCACUUCAAGGUGCUCCGAGAUGGAGCUGGGAAGUACUUCCUCUGGGUGGUGAAAUUCAACUCUUUGAAUGAGCUGGUAGAUUACCACAGAUCUACAUCCGUGUCCAGAAACCAGCAGAUAUUCCUCCGGGACAUAGAACAGGUGCCGCAGCAACCAACAUACGUCCAGGCCCUCUUUGACUUUGAUCCCCAGGAGGAUGGAGAGCUGGGAUUCCGUCGGGGAGACUUUAUCCACGUCAUGGAUAACUCAGAUCCCAACUGGUGGAAAGGGGCCUGCCACGGGCAGACCGGCAUGUUUCCCCGCAAUUACGUCACCCCUGUGAACCGGAACGUCUAAGAAUCAAGAAGAGAUUAUUUAAAGAAAGUGAAAAAUUUAAAACACAUACAAAAGAUUUAAACCCACGAGCUGCCUUAACAGCAGCCCGUGAGGGAGCUCAGAACACCUGGCUGGGUCACCUGGUGACCCUCUCACUUUGGUUGGAACUUUGGGGGGGCGGGAGGGGGUGUUGGAUAUAAAAAUGCCAAAACUUACCUAUAAAUUAAGAAAAGAGUUUUUAUUACAAAUUUUCACCGCUGCUCCUUUCUCCUCUUUUUCAUCCUUUUCCUCUUCUGUCCAUCAGUGCAUGACGUCUAAUACCACAUAUAGUCCUAGCUGAUGCCAAUAAUAAAAGAAAAGAAACCAAGCAGGCUGGUAUUUUCUCUAUGCAAACUGUCUGUCGUAGUCGGAAUGACAGAAGAAAGAAAGAACAGCCGUCGUCGUGCUCCUCGUCGAUGCACAGAGGAGAGGGCAGUGGGUGGCAGCCCCUGCUGGUCACCUUCUGCCAGAGGGGCGGCCCCCAGCCCCAGCGUCUUGUGACACAGUUGGAAAUGGAGCAGGGCAAAAGGAAGGACUGUUGGCCCCUCACGGCUUCCCGAGAAAAGUCAACCUGAAAACCUUUGUCUCUUUUCUAUGUUGUUUUCUCUCCACAUGGUAUCAUUAAGCACGUUGAUUUUUCAUAGUGCCUUUUUCCUUAUUUCAAGAGUUGCUUAUGAGUGGUGUUUUUUUUUUUUUUAUUUGUUUUAAAAUAAGUUAAAGACAGUCCAGAGCUUUUCAGCCAAUUUGUCUCCUACUCUGUGUACAUCAUCCUCCCUGGGUAGGGGGAGGGAGAGAGGAAGUGGGGUAGAGGAGAGGAGGCCAGCGCAGGUGGAGGGUGUGGGCAUUUCUGCCUGUCCGCAGCCACGAGCCUGGAAGGUUCAGCUUUAAUAUUUGUCAGCCCUCUGGGGUCUGCAGUGGCGCCUGCUGCCGGGGAAGGAGGAGAGGUUACAGCUUCUCCCACAUGGGACUGGAUCUAACCUAGGGAGGAGGGGGGUCAGAGUCCUUGACCUUGUGAUCUAGGCUGUUGUCUGCCCCUCCUCAACUCCAGAGCGCCCACCGUCCCUCCCCCCACCCCCUCCAGACACAAAACCCUAGAGCCAGCAAGUUCCAAACAGGAAAGCCCAAGGAAAUUAAAACGUCCCUCUGUGACUGUCCCAGGUUGUACUGUGUUCCAGCACUGGGGUAGAAAAUGAGAGCUUCCAUUUUUCUUGCUCUGAAACAGAGGUGUCUGUUCGUGGCUUUCUUCGUUUGUGCUGCCUCCCUAACCUGCCCAGGCGAGCACUGGGGCAGCGUUGAUGAAGUGGCUGGGUUUUCGUGUCUCUGUCCCCAGUGGGCUGUGUUUAUAGCUGCUCCCCCCCCCCCCAAGGAAGUGUCUCCGUGAGGCAGGGACUGUUUGGGGAAGGACAAGUGGGAAAUGUAGGAAGGCCGUGUCCAUGGCAGAGCUCUCUCUGCACGCCUUGUCAGCUGCUUGCCCCUCAUAGUGAUGUGCCUGUGAACUUUCUCCACCUGAUCCCAUUCCUGCAACAAAAAAUGGGGCUGCUCGGAGUUGGUGACGGCCUUUGGAUUCUGAAGUCUCCAAUUGGUUGGAGGUUGGAGUCUUCCCUGGACUUUGGUUAUGGAGCGGGACUCGGCCCGGAGUACUCAGAGGCCCCAGAGGCGGCUGCUCUUCUGGAUGGAGCAUCUGCCACCUCACGCCCUUUCUGGUAGCUUCUCCUUUCCUUGGUGAUGAUAAG